AUGUUGGCGACGACAGCCCGUCCACUCGUCAACACCCUAGCGCGCUCUCAAGCUCGGCGCAACGCCUCGUCAAUCGCGACGAAAUACUCACACGCAGCGUACAAAGCUGCGCUGUCCAAGUCGCCCUCCACACUGCUCAAAGUCCAGAACGAGCUUUCCGCGUUGGCAGCUUCGAUAAAGGAGACUCCUCAGCUUUCUGCGUUUGUGUCUAACCCAUUUUUGGCGAGUUCGGAACGUACAGCGGGACUGGAUGCGCUGUACAAGGCUGCUUCGGCAAAGGCUGCAGGGAAAGAGCCUCUGAGCGACGUGACGAAGAACCUCAUUGCCGUGCUUAGUGAGAAUGGACGGUUGAAAGAGACGAUUAGCGUUAUCGAAGGGUUCAACGAGCUCGUCGCGAAAUAUAAGGGCGAGUUGGAGAUUGUUGUUACGUCGGCAUCUGCGCUUCCCAGGGACGUGUUGAACAAGUUGGAGAACUCGUUGAAGCAGAGUGAGGUGGCAAAACAGGCGAAGGUGUUGAAGAUCACCAAUAAGGUUAACCCGUCUGUGCUGGGUGGAAUUUUGGUAGACGUGGGCGACAAGACUAUCGACCUCAGUGUCGCUUCUAGAGUCACCAAGCUCAACUCUCUUCUCCAACAAUCUGUGUAA